UUUUUUUUUUUUUUACGUCGUCACAAAAUGGCUGAAUGAAAAAAUGGACCAAACAUUUUAACAGGUAUAAAAGGCUGAUUACAUUGUCUCAUUAUGAUGCAACCUCUUCACCACUGCAAGCAUCUACUGGACCAACUUAACAAACAGAGGCAGGAGGGGUUCCUGUGUGACUGCACCGUUGUGAUUGGCCAGACUCAGUUCAGGGCUCACAUGAACGUACUGGCAGCAUUUAGUGAGUACUUUGGAUGUCAGAGUGGGAACCCAGAUGUGAACAGUGUCACGUUUCUGGAUCCAACUCUAGUGAACCCCAGUGGGUUUCAAAAACUGUUGGAUUACGUAUACACAGGAAAUAUUAACAUUGAUGGUGAGGAUGCUAUUGAAAUCCACAAAGCGGCCACCUACCUCAAAAUAGAGGCGGUGACAGCAAGAUGUAAACUAAAUGCAGAGUCCGGGAUUUCAGAUGUCAAACUGCUGUCUAAAGAAAUCCUGAGUGCUGUCGUGGAGCCAGAGAAGCAGGAUGUUGGCCUUUCCAAACCCAGUGACCUGAGGGAGUUAGCCGUUGUAUUUGUAAGUCAGGACCAAGCCCCUCCACAGCCUGAGAACACAGAGGUCUUUCUACAGGUGGAAGAAAAGGGAGCAAAAAAAGCUAGAAAACCCAAAACCAGACAUGGGACUAAAGCCCAGCAGAGGAGGAACUGCCAACCAAAAGAGAAGCAGACGCAAAAAAACAGUCCAUCCCUGCUGGCUGAAGCUUUCAGUGACGCAAGCAAUAAGACAACAGAACUCGCCGUUCAAAUGAUCCAAGGAGACGAGGAACCGCAUAACGAGUCUUCAUUAGGGAUGGACACUGAAAGUCUUCCAGACCAAAAUGCAGUGAUUCAAAAAUCGGUGGUAAAGAAAGGAAAGUCCCGGAAGCUUUGUACUUUGAAGGAGAACUGUGCCUCGGAUCCACUGAGCGAAGAUAAUGCUGACAGCUUGGACAGCAGCGAGGCAGAAGGACUGUCUGAGAAGCAGCUGAAGAUGAAGCCGGUGUGUAACACCUGUGGGAAGGUGUUCUCUGAAGCCAGCAGCUUGCGGAGGCACAUGCGGAUACACAAGGGAGUAAAGCCUUACGUCUGCCAGCUGUGUGAGAAAGCGUUUACACAGUGCAACCAGCUGAAAACACACGUCCGCACUCACACAGGGGAGAAGCCAUACCAGUGUGAUACGUGUGAUAAAGGCUUCGCUCAGAAAUGUCAGCUAGUUUUCCACAGUCGUAUGCAUCAUGGGGAAGAGAAACCGUACAAAUGUGACAUCUGUGGCCUGCAAUUCGCCACAUCCAGUAACCUGAAAAUACACUCCAGGAAGCACAGUGGAGAGAAGCCAUAUGUUUGUGAGCGGUGUGGGCAGCGCUUUGCUCAGGCCAGCACUCUCACAUACCACGUCCGCCGCCACACAGGGGAAAAGCCCUACAUCUGCGAUACGUGUGGUAAAGCGUUCGCCGUCUCCAGCUCUCUCAUCACACACGCUCGAAAGCACACAGGAGAGAAGCCAUAUGCCUGUCGCACUUGUGGAAAACGUUUUAUUUCUUCAGGAGAGCUUAACAAGCACUGCAGGUCCCACACAGGUGAAAAGCCCUUUGUCUGUGAAUUGUGUGGAAACUCCUACACAGAUGUGAAGAAUCUAAAAAAGCAUAAAGCAAAGGCACAUGGUGUGGAAAGAAACCUGGACCCUAGUAUAAGCUCUGGAGCCUUUGUGGACACAGACACAUUGGGGAAAGAGUCUCUGCAGGACACAACCCAGCUAAAGCCUGCUGACAUCCCACUGUCCCUCACCCUGCCCAUGACCACAGAAGACCAGCAGAUACUUCUUUCAGCAACUGACAGCUCCUCCAUUUCCUCAGAUCAGGUGCUGAGGUCAACAGUGACAGGCUAUUCCGAACCCCAGUUCAUCUUCUUACAGCAGCUCUAUUAAACAGACACCAGACAAGCAGAAACGAUCCACUCAGAAGUUCAUACAGUGUUAACAAGCACAGUAGUAAUUAUGUUAUCUAUAGGGUGCUGCGUUUACGCAACCUGUUUUUUUCCAAUUGUAAUUCAACUGCUAUCCCCUAGAUGUUCCUGCAGCCACUCCAGUUAUAGUAAUGGGCUUCACAAUUAAGAAAUCAACACAUUACUCUUUGACUAAUUAGAAAAAUGAAAGCUAAUUAUGAGUAUAAAUGGUCAUUGAAUAAAUUGAUGCGUUAAAUGAAAAAUCGAGAGACCUAAACAUGGAGUCAAAGGCAUCUCAAUCGAAAAGCAUUUAAUUGAGCGAAACCUUUAUUUUACACAGCUUUAAAUUUAUCUUUGGACCACACUCGAAAGUCAACAAUAGACCGACAUUUAUCAUCAGAAAAACACAGAAAAAAGAAAGGCUGAGAUUGACAGCUAUGAGACGGCGUCCUCCAGUAAAAAACAUAAGGGGAACAAAAAUUAUUAACGUCGACGAAAUGUUAUUUUCGAUUUGACAGAGGCAUUUGUUUGUGCUAAUAUUCCCCUGGAAAAAAUUGAUAAUCGCAAACUAUGUGCAUUUCUGAACAAACAUGUAAUAAAUGCGGGAGCAAUUCUUACAGCAGGUCAACUGAGAAGGGAAUAUCUACCCCAAAUUGGUAAAGAUGUCUGACAGUGUAUCUGUAGUUACUGACGAGUCUACAAAUGCAAAAGAUCAGUAUGUUUUCCACGUUUUGUUUGUUCUCCAAGGACUAUCGAAUACCUUCGAACUGAAAGUAAUAUUAGCCGAUACAGUUAAUCUGCACUCAGUGAAUUACUCAUCGGUGGCACAGGGCGUUGAGAAAUGUUUAAACGCAUUUGAAGUUAAUUUUAAUAGUGUGACUGGAUUUGUCUCAGAUAAUGCCAGUUACAUGAUCAAGGCAUACAAUAACAUUAUUCAAGGUUUACUGCCAAAUUCAGUACAUUUGACUUGUAAUGCCCACAUAAUAGCCCUUGCCAGCAAUAUUUGAGCAAAUAAUUUUCCGAAAGCAGACAAGCUGUUUGCAACCGUUAAAAAAAUUGUUUAAAGAUGUGCAAAGUUUAAAAUAUAUCAAGGGACUGGUGGAUCUGAUUCAGUGGUUUGAAAGCCGUGAAGUGAGAGCCCAUCAGCCAUAUAAUAAAAUCAACCAGCUCAUAACUUUCUGAUGGCAGUAAAGAGAUUCGACCCACAACAAGUGUGUAGUUUGGAUCUGGAAGCUCUCCCAUUAUAUUCUAUUCCAGGAUUUGAUGCUGACUGUAAAUCAGAAAUGGACAAAUACCUACCAUAUGCAAAAGAAAACAGAAGUAGAAUGACUUUGAAUGAAUUUUGGAUUAAAGUUGAAGAAUUAUUUCCCAAUUUAACAUGAAAGGCUAAAAUAUAGUUGUCAGUUGUUACCAAUUCUGUAGAUGCUGAAAGAAGUGUUUCUUCUUAUGGCCAAGUUUUUACAGAACAACGUCAAUCUAUGAAAGAAGGCAGGGUUAACCAACUGACGAUGCUUAAGUUUAAUAGCAACAUUUAAUGCAUGGGACAUUUUCUUUCACGAAACUGUAAGUGACACUUAAUGUGCUACUUGCGAACAACCUUGUAUUAUUAUUAUUAUUAUUAUUAUUAUUAUUAUUAUUAUAUUUGUAAUAUAUACAGUGCCUUGCAAAAGUAUUUUCCUUCAGAUUCACAGCCUGACCAAUGAUUCUUCAACAGUGGGGUUUUUAUCCAGAAAAUGUGACAGCAACUUUAAUGGUUCACAGGUGGAGGCCAAUGGUAAGGUAAUUGUGUCCUCGUUAGGGCAAUUUCUUUCAUCGGUGUAAACUGGGAGCUUCCACAGCACGGGUUGAAUACUUAUGCAAGCAAGAUAUUUCAGUUUUUUAUUUUUCUUAAAAAUAUUUCCCAACAUAAAACCAAUGUCACCUUACAAUAAUUGAUUUUGAGUUUCAGUGUUUUAAAAUAAAAUAUCAAACAGAACAAAAUUUCAAUGUACCAUUUGUAAUUCAGUAAUAUGAGAGAAUUGGUCAGGGGUCUGAAUACUUUUGCAAGGCACUGUAUGUUACAGCAUUGAUGUUAUGAUUUCAGUCUUUUAUAUAAAUUGUUCCGGGAAUCCGUGCUGUUUUUUUUUAAUAUAUUUUGUUGACAAAUUGUGUUCCUACUAGUAAACUGUAACAUUUAAAUUAUUUAUUUACACAUUCUAAGAAAUAAUAUUGAAUAAGAUGUAUUAGUAAUAAAGGGAUGCAUGACUAAAUAAAUGUCUGUAGCUGCUGCUGCCGCCUAAUCAACUCGCCAAUGCGCGUUAAUAGAAUGACUAAUUGAGAUGAUUAAAGGAAUCGGGAGAUUAUUAAUCAAUAAGUGGUUUAAUUAAGCAGACUACAUGACCACCUUGCGGUGGGAGGAAUGAAGUGGAGCCUAAGAAAGCAGGUUGUGUGAAAUGCAGGACCCGUUAUCUAGCGUAUGUGCCAGACAAUUGGAAUGUGCUGUUGCAGAAGUAAGCCUGCAUCUAGUGGAAGAAUAACAUACACACCUUGAAAUAAAUUAGGGUUUAAGAAAAACAAGGUUCUUGAAAAACAAUCUCAUUGAGUGUAAACUGCUCUGCAAGCUGAUUUAAGUGUUCGAUGUCAGGAACUGUAAAGAAUAUUUAGGCUUUUACUGUUUAGUGUUCUGUGUACCACACAGGAACAUUCCAUAUGUUCAGGUAUGUGCACAGGGAUGAUGCUCUGUUGAUUAUUUAUGUUAUUGUGUACUAUGUGUUUUAUUAUGCAGAUUUUAUUAUCAGAAGCUGAUCAUGUCAUUCCUACUGCAUAAAAAUCACGUAAAGCUAGAAGUCGCUGGAGUCUUGCCACUUCUUAUUAAGCUUGUUUGUUAUGUUCAGUGCAAGAAAAAAAGUUCUUAUGAAAUCAUUAAUAAGUCAGUUUGUCUACUAUCUGCGUUUUUCUGUAUUUUAGUAAGCAGCUGUGUUUUGAUGCUUAGUGUUGAAGAAUUAGUUAACUCACUACCAGUUGAAACCAUGAUAAUCAAUAUUCCCAGUUUAACAGUAUUGUAUCUUUUCUUCUGCCUCUUCUUGUGAUUAAUUCUGCUGAACACCAUAGAUUACAUAGAUGUCAUGCUAGGAAUGAAUACUUCAAGAACUAUAGCUGGAAUAAAAAGCAUCACUUCUGUACAUUUAAUGUAAACUGUUACAUAAUAAAAUGCAUACAAAUCAAUGUGUCUUAAUCAAUAUCUGCAUAGCUUGCACAAAUGCUAAAUACAUGCUUGUAAAUUAUUAAUGGAUUUUACCAAGUACUAUGUGAGGUUAAAAAAAGUUUUCAUAUAUGGUGCUGUUUUUUCCCCCCUUAGAUAUGGUUGUGAGUGUUUUUAUCUUUUUGUAGUGUGCAUGUAAAUACAGCUGUAUAUAAUUCAGAAUAUUAAAGACAAACGGGGGCUUUUGUUUUAUGCCAUAACAUCAUGUAUUAUACAUUUUAGAAAGUGAUUUUUGUAUCUUCCCAAGCUUUUCUUGAAUAAAAUAAGUUUGACUAUCCUA